AUGGAGAUUUUCAAAUAUACACCCAAUUGGUCCCAGAUUGUGCAUCGGCAAUUAAUGAAAUUUGAAGACAAAAGUGAACCGGCCAAGAAGAUUCCCAUUCCCGAUUUAGAAUUCGAGCUUAAACUAGUUACAGGCCAGAAGAAGAAGGCCCAAGAGCUUUGCCAUAUCUGUAAGAAAGAUAAGCAUUUGCCAUCAAUGUGUCCCCAAAAGCCCGUUAAACCCCAGGCCGAAGAAAAGUCCGUUGAAACGUACAACGUAAAUGUUAUCUUAUCUCCCACCACUGUAAAACUCAUGAACAUUCCUACUGAUACUUCAAGAGGCCAGUUAAGGGAGAUUCUUCGCGAUGCCGGUAUUAUCUAUGAAUCCUUGCAUAUGGUUGGAGAUAAGAACAACCGAGAAACCUUUAUCUUUAAAGGUCUUGUUUACAUUGAGUUGCCUACUAAGGAAGAGGCAGAAAGGUGUCUUAAGCUUUUUGAUGGUUUGCGAAUGGACAUUCAGAUAGUCAGUGCGAUGGUAGUGGAAAGUAGAUCAGCACGUGAAUAA